UUCGAGCAUCAGUUCAUCACGAGCAAUCCUCAGAGUGAAGAGCUACCAAAGCGAUAAGAAUCACCUGCGAACUUUACGCGAUAUUAUCGAGUAAAAGUUAUCGACCUGAAAAGUGUUCAUCGAGAUCAUCACUUGAUCAUCUUCAAAAGCAAAUUUUGAAUCAACCGAAGAAAAUCAUCGAAAUGUCUCUCAUUCCAAUGCUGUUCUCCGACUGGUGGGAAGACUUGGAGCGUCCUCACAGCAUCCUGGACCAGCACUUCGGCCUACCAAUUCGUCCUGAGCAACUUACGACAUCACACUACAAUGUGCUACCGGCAAUUUACGCCCUGGCGAACGCCCCUGCUCGUUCCAGUUCACAUUUGCAUCCAUCGGCAUACUACAGACCAUGGGGUGAACUGCUUCGUCAGGGUAAUGGCGGAUCGUCGGUGGUGAAGGCCGACAAGGAUCAGUUCAAGGUUAUCCUCGACGUGCAGCAAUUCAAACCGGAGGAGAUCAACGUAAAGGUCGUCGACAAGUGCGUGGUCGUCCAGGCCAAACACGAGGAGAAACGAGACGAGCACGGUUGGAUAUCUCGCCAGUUUGAACGCAGAUAUCUGAUCCCUGACCAGUGCAACAUCGACGAGGUGUCGUCGAACCUGUCAUCUGACGGGGUUUUGACCAUCACCGCGCCCAGGAAGGAGCAGCCAAAGGCCGAGGGUGAAAGGCAGAUCAAGAUCCAACAGACUGGGAAACCGGCGGUUAAGGAUGCCCCUGAAGCAGCUAAAGAGCAACAGGGAGCAGCAGCAGACCAGAAGAAGAAGCCGGUCGAAAAGUAAUUUUCCCAAAUUACUGCAUUCCCUCAAAUUUAUCGUUCCUUAAUAUUAUCGUAACUUGAUAAUUGUAUACCAAACUCGCCAUACUUUUACUAUGUUAUAACAUAGAUCGAAAUAAGUCUGAUAAUUAUAUAAUCACUUGAUUAGUUAUUAGAAAAAAAAAAAAUAAAUAAGUAAUAAUACAAAUAAGUAAUUUGUAAUAUUAGAUAAGUUGUCGUAUAUCACGAACAUGGCUGUAAACACAUUUUCAUUUUUUUUUCAUUAUCAUUUCUGAAUAAAAAAAAAUGUGUGUUUAGUGUGCUUACAUGUA